GCUGCUGUGUCAACGGCUGUGUCAUGUAUUCUAUCUUUGUAUAGUGCAUUGCAGCUGAUAAAAAUAAACUCCACAUUCAGAGACAUGCAAUAUGGCCACACUGAGAUCUUUAUCUGUCAAAUGAGAAUAUAUUUUCGACACUCAAAUUACCUCAGAUGUCUCGCGAGUUAUAAUCAGCAAUUAGAAUGAUGAAUGCUUAAUUAAUUUAUACUUAACAUACGAGAUGUAUCAUCGGCACAUGAUACGUAUGACCAAACGUGAUGUGCUGCGGUGUAAAUUAGGUUAUGUUCAAAGAUUGGACAAAUAAAGCGAGAGGUUUUUCUGCAGAUUUACAGAGAGGUAUUCUUCAAAUACGUGAGACUAGAUUUAGUCGAAAGUUAUGGCGCGAUUCUCCGUAUCAGCGCAAUAUGAUUUAGUCGCAUCGUACAUGGAUGGAGUCCACGUAAAAAUCGCAGAGGCCUAUAAACCUCCGAAAAAAAUCGGUCUACCUGCAGCGUACAACAAUAGAUUAUCGGAUGUAUCGAAGGUGAUGUACGAUUUCAGUUUAGAGAGAUCAGUACUUGAUAAGAUGACUGAAUGGCGCAAGGCCAGGCAGGCAACUAGCAAAGCACGUCAAGUACGUUUGGAAGAAAAGAAAAAGAAGGAAAUAAAAGAGACUCCUCCAUCACCACCUCCUAUGCCAACAGAUUAUGUAAAACAACUGCCUAUUAACACAGCACCUGCUCCAGAAACGACAAUACUCAUGCCGCAACCUUUAUCACCACCAGCAAAUGAUCUUCAGGAUCAUGUAAAGACAAAUGGUCUGGACUUUGCUGACUUUGAUAAUGACACAAGUAGUCCUUUUGACAAUAUGGAAUUGAAAACUAUCAAUGACAUGGAGGAACUGGCACAGGUUUUACAACCUAGAUCACAAUGGGUACCAGCUGGGAAAUUAGAAAACAUCAUAAAUGAACUAACAAUUGAUGAUACUACAGAAAUUCAGAAUGAAGAGAAAGUCGAUGAUACAAAGAAUCAAGCGGAUGAUCAUAUCAAAAUGGAUCAAUCGCAUCAUAGUGUUGAGAACCACCGCAGUGUUUCAGCAAUAGUACAGGAACUUCAGAAGGAGUUAGAGAGACCUAUUAUGGAGAAUUGGAAACCAUGGCCCGAUUUAGAGAGUCCAGACGCUGACGCAUGUGGAACUUUGAAACACGACGACACGAUUUCGACGUCCAAUCACGUGAAACCGCUGCAUUCGUUAUCGGACUUGACAGAUGAAGAUCAAAAAUUGGCCAGGCAUUUAAGCGAUAUGGGUUUCCCCUUAUCAAGAGCGGCACGAGCGAUACGCGACUUAGGUGGGGAAGAUAACAAGAAGAUUGUAGAGUAUUUAUUGGCCGUCCAAUCUUUAGAAGAGAACGGUAUUUCGGGUGACGAUGCUGAAAAAGCGUUAAUGCUUACGCAAUACGAUCAAAAUAAAGCAAGAAUCUACUAUGAGAGUCUAUGUACGUUGAAAGAUCUAGGAUUCCCCGAGGAUGAGGCAUCUGUAGCAUUACUCAAAUGUAAUAUUGAUCGUGACAGAGCGUUAGAUCUUUUGAUCGCUUAAGCAAACUGUUAUCGAUAUCCGUAAAAUACGAUAGGCUGCGAAAUAUUUUUUUAUGAUUUGGUUUUACGCGAAAACAGACUAAAUUAUUGCGCGCAGAAAAAAUGAAAAUUUUUAUAUCGCGUAAAUUGCAACAUAUAUUUUAAUAAAG